AAAUGUCACAUUGGUUGGAUGGGGGACCCAGGUACACAGGUUGCGAGAAGUUGCACAAAUGGCACACGAGAAACUAAAGGUCAAGUGUGAGGUUAUUGAUCUGCGGACAGUCCUACCAUGGGAUGUGGACACGGUUGCAGAGUCUGUGUGUAAGACAGGAAGGUGCAUUGUAGCCCACGAAGCCCCAAUUACUCAAGGCUUUGGUGCUGAAGUGGCUGCUACCAUUCAGAAUGAAUGUUUCCUGAAUUUGGAGGCCCCAGUCCUGCGAGUCUGCGGUUACGACACCCCGUUUCCUCACAUCUACGAGCCCUACUACAUGCCAGAUAAAUGGAGAUGUUUCGAAGCAAUCAAGAAAGUGAUCAAUUACUGACAUCUUCAAUCACAGCUUCAAUCACAGGUGCUGGUAUCUCUCUGUCCACUGGUGGACAGACUUCAACUGAUAUGGAAAAUAAGGGAGCGUUUUGUGACAGAGAAAUGGCGUGAAAUUCAAGAGAUUCAGAUGAUGUAAAAAAAUUUGAUCAGUCUGUGGUGUGUCGUAGGCCAUCUUUUUUUUUUUUAACAAUAAAAUGAAACAUAAGCAUAAGAUAAUCAAGAUAUUGUAUCUGAUUAUUAAAUAAAGAUGUGGCAAGGGAGGGAAUCAGGUAAUGCUUGCAGGGGUUGUCAAUGACCUGGGUGCAAUCAUGUGAAAUAUUUCAGCAUUUUUGCAUAUGUACUGUUGCGAGUAUUUAUGUGUAAAUCUGUAUGUAUAAUUUCCAAGUGUAUAAAAGGCAUAAGGACAAAUCAUUCGUAGGAAGUACUCUGUGAAAUUGAAUUAAACUGUCUGACAUCAGCUCCACUAAGAUCAUUAUGAUUUAUACAACCAAUGAAUUUUUUUUUCAUUUGGGAUGGGUAUGAAUUAGUCAGAUCAGACCCAAAUUUGCUUCAUUUUAAUUUUUAAAAAAUAGCUGUUUGCUUGAUAUUUGGUUGCCUGCUGAGGAUAUUAAAUCCCCAGAGAGGAAAAGUGAAGGGCAAAUAGGUGGGAUUAGAAGUAAACAUGUGAGGAAGUGGCACAAUUCCAGUUUCUGUGGGAGAACAUGACAGAGGACAGACAAUCAGGGAGGACACCUGUGCUGUGCUGAAGAAUCCACGAGUCAGUUUUAAUGCCUAGAUAAAGAAGGAACAGUGCAUGUUCAAAGCCAUGCUUAUAUUUCACCUGGCCAUGUGAUUGCAACCUUAUAGAAAUCUCAAUUGGUAAAAUGCAGAAGUCUCCCUCCCUUAAUGUAACCAUAAAAAUGCAGUCACUAUGCCUAUUCUUGUCUAUGCAUUAUAUGCUUGUUUCAUUUACACUCAAUGUGGAAACCAAUAAAAGAUUGAGUACAUGGUGCAUAAUAAUGAUUUGCUCAAUUUUAGAGGGUCAAGGGUUCACAUUCUGGUCAACUCAUACAAAACACUUUUGAAAUAUGCCUUGAUGGCUUUCUUCUUGUAACUCAGGUGCAGCAAGUGGCAUUGAGAUAUAAGUUCAUGUCCCACCUUUAUAGCAUUCGGUGGUUAAUAAUGAAUACAAGGCUAAUAAGAAAAGCCAUUGCAAAAUAAAAA